UAGUUUUCCAUUCCUGUUCCACGUUAGAGUAGCAGGGACAUGGCUGGAGGUGCUAUAGCUACUCAAGGAGGGAAGCAGUACCCAGGAAAACUCACCGGUAGAGUUUUUCUAACUUGCGUUAUUGCAGCUACAGGAGGUUUGAUUUUUGGCUAUGAUCUUGGUAUUUCAGGUGGAGUUACAUCCAUGGAUUCGUUCUUGAAGGAAUUCUUUCCAGCAGUAUACAAGAAGGAAUCUUCAGUGAAACCCACAGACAAUCAAUACUGCAAAUUCAACAGCCAAACGUUAACACUUUUCACUUCAUCCCUUUACCUAGCUGCACUCCUCUCUUCCAUCAUCGCAGCGCCGGUGACCAGAUGGUUGGGUCGGAAAACUACCAUGCUUUGCGGUGGUCUUCUUUUCCUAGCUGGUGCAAUUGUCAAUGCCUUUGCUCAAAAUGUUUACAUGCUCAUCGUCGGUCGCCUUUUUCUCGGCUUCGGUAUAGGCUGCGCCAAUCAGUCGGUGCCAAUCUACGUGUCUGAGAUGGCACCGUACAAGUACAGAGGUGCUUUAAAUAUGAUGUUUCAAUUUUCAAUCACCAUUGGAAUUCUAGCGGCGAAUCUGCUCAACUAUUUCUUUGCUCAAAUAGAAGGAGGUUGGGGAUGGAGAUUGAGUUUAGGUGGAGCUGCUGUUCCCGCCAUUAUCAUCUCCAUCGGAGCUCUUUGCCUUCCCGAGACACCCAACUCGUUGAUCGAAAGAAACAAGUACGAAGAAGCCAAGCAGCAACUCCUGAGGAUCCGCGGAAUUCCGAAUGUCGACGAUGAAUUCAACGAUCUUAUAGCUGCAAGUGAGGCAUCCAAUGAGGUUAAACAUCCAUGGGCCACUUUGUUGACGAGAAAAUACAGACCUCAGCUCGUUUUCGCCGUCGGAAUUCCGGCUUUCCAACAACUCACAGGCAUGAAUGUGAUCACUUUCUAUGCACCGGUGCUGUUCAAAACCAUCGGUUUCGGAAGUAGUACCGCGUUGAUGUCUGCUGUUAUUAGUGGUACUGUAAAUGCUGUCGCAACGCUUGUUUCCAUUUUUACUGUUGAUAAAGUUGGAAGAAGAACUCUCUUCCUAGAAGGAGGUGCCCAAAUGUUCAUCACCCAGGUUAUUAUUGGAAUAGGAAUUGCAAUUAAAUUUGGAUUGAGUGGAAACCCUGGAGAAUUACCAAAAUGGUAUGCAAGUGCGUUGGUGAUAUUCAUCUGUAUAUAUGUUGCUGGAUUUGCAUGGUCUUGGGGACCUCUGGGUUGGUUGGUUCCCAGUGAGAUUUUCCCACUUGAAGUUCGAUCUGCUGCUCAGAGUGUCAAUGUUUCAGUGAAUAUGAUCUUCACCUUUGGCAUUGCACAAGUAUUCACAGCUUUGCUCUGCCAUGUGAAGUUUGGUCUGUUCCUUAUCUUUGCCUUCUGUCUGCUAGUGAUGAGCUUUUUUAUAUACAAAUUGUUGCCUGAGACCAAGGGAGUCCCCAUUGAAGAGAUGGGUGUUGUCUGGAGGAAUCAUCCUUAUUGGAGAAAGUUUGUCAAAGAAGAAGAAGAUAAUAAGGUCUCUAUUUAAAUAUUUAAACUGUUUGACAAAUUUUGUAAUAUUUUAGCUUGACUUUGGUUCUUUUGUUUUUUUCUUUGCAAAUUAUUACCAUUUUUGGUUAAAGUUGUUUGGCUCUUUUAUUUAUUUUUGGUAAUGGUUAUUUUAGUAAAUUUUUAUUUAAAAGCUCAUAAUUCAAUUUUUUUCUU